AUGUCCUCCGUGAUCAACCUGAGCGGGGUCGCCCUGCACGGCCAUAUGAAGGGCGUCACGAUGCUCAAGUUCAACGCCGACGGCGACCUGCUGUUCUCCUCCUCGCGGGAUACCGACUGCAGCGUGUGUGGGUGGUACGCCAAGACCGGGGAGAUGAUGGGGUCCUACACCACGGUGGGGAAGCCCGGGAAUUCGCGCGGCUUCGACCCCGCGAUGGUGGCCCUUGACGUCAACCGUCACUCCACCCUCCUCGCGACGGCGAGCGCCGGGGAGGAGACGAUGCUGUGGAGCGUCGAGACGGGCGCCCUGCUGGGGACGGUCGCGCGCCCGCUCUCCUCCGGCGCGAGCGUCGGCUUCUCCCACGACGACGCCCUGCUGAUGGUCGCGACGAAGGGCCGCGCGAGCAUGAAGUCGGGGAUCCAGCUCUACCACCUUCCCUUCACGACCCCCCCCGCCGGCGAGGACAUCGCGCCCGCGCGGACGGCCUUCAACCCGACCAGCACCUUCGAGACGGAGUCGCCGGAGAUGAUCACGUGGGCCUCGUGGGGCAUGACGAACGACACCAUCUACUUUUCUGAGGGCGCCUUCAUGCACAUUUUGGACGUCGAGACGAACAAGGUGAUUCGCUCCCGCGAGAUCCACCCGGGCUACGUGAUCAACCGCUUCAAGUUCGACGCGGACGCCCUUACGCUGGCGACGGCCUCGACGGACUGCACGGCCUGCCUGUUGGACCAGCGCGAGCUGAGUAUCCUGCAGACCUACCAGAGCGACGUCCCGAUCAACGACGUGUCGAUUAGCCCGGUCGCCGAUCACGUCAUUUUGGGCGGCGGGAUGGACGCCGCGGCGGUCACCACGCAGGGCAGCCAGUCCACCUUCGAGGUCAAGUUCUUCCACCGCGUGCACGGGACGCAGCUCGGGCAGCUGCGAUGCCACUUCGGGACUAUUACCGCGAUGACCUUCCACCCCGACGGCCACGGCUUCGCCAGCGCGAGUUAUGACGGGCUGAUUAAACUCUAUCGCUUCGACGAGAAUUACGCGACGGCCCCCGGAAGUGUCCCGCUCUGGUCGCUGAAAUCGAAUGAGCAAUAA